AUGGCGAGAGCUCGACCCGGCGGCCUCCUCCUCCUCCUGCGCGGCGCGGCGCUGGUGACGGUGGUGGCCGUGCUGCUGGGCGGCAUGAUGGGCGGGCCAAACUACGCGGUGGAGCUGGGGCGGCUGGACGGCAAGACGUUCAACAGGGCCAUCGUGAAGCACGUCCUCCCGGGCCCCGGCUUCAACCUGGACCAGCUCAACUCCCUCUUCGCUCAGAACGGCCUCACCCAGACGGACAUGAUCGCCCUCUCAGGUUCGUCUCUGCCCUGCUCACCCUGUAUCUGUAUUCCUCUCCACAGCGCUGUCAGGUCUAGUCCGUCGAGACCAUUGGGCGUCUACGAAUCCUGA